CAAAAAAUCAAACUAAACCAAACAAAAUGAAAGUGUUCGCCAUUGCCUGUGUGAGCCUAAUGCUGGCCAGCUGCGCCUGGGCCGCUCCCAGCGUGCAAGAUAACAAAAUCGAAAGUGACAACUCGCUCGGACGUGCUGCCCGCUAUCUGGGCGCCUGUCUCGAGAGCGAAGACAUCUCCACCUGCCUGGCCGUCAAGGGCAUCACUGCGCUCAACCGUGCAGCCAGGAGCAACAACAUUGAGCUGCUCAAUGGCGUCACCUUCCAGAGAGAUCCUGCCAGUCCAGUGCAACGCAGCGGCAAAUCGCUGAGUGAGCAGGACAUCUAUGCUGAGCUGCCACAGAAUGCUGAGGAACGCAGCGGCCGUCUGGUCGACUUGGCCAUCUCAAGCGCCACCGAUUUCCUCAGCAGCCACAAUCUGGAAUUCAAGCUGCCAGCCGAGACCACACAGCAGGUGGCACGCGCUCUGGAUGAGGGUCGUGGCAAGAUCAAGAAGAUGAUUGGUCCUCUGGCUCUGGCUAUUGGCGCUAAGCUGUUCGCGGUUAUUCCCUUGGUGCUUGGCUUCCUCGCUCUGCUGACCUUCAAGGCUGUUAUCGUUGCCAAGAUUGCUUUCUUCCUGGCCAUACUCGUCGGCGGCUCGCGUCUGUUGGGCGGCUUUGGCAACAAGCUUGGUGGCGCCUCUUAUGGCAGCGGCUACAACUCGAACGCCUGGUCCGCCCCCGCUACCGCUGGCUGGAGCUCUGGCGCCAGCUCUGCCUAUCCCUAUGCUCGCAGCAUCAGCGCUGAUGGCCAAGAGCUCGCCUAUGCUGGUCAGCAGCAGCAGGAGCAGCAGCAAUAAGCAAUUUGGGCUUCUUACCCAACGAUGUGCCUUCAAUUUGAGAACCUAGUUAGUAGUAAUUUAUUCGAGUUGUUAAAACUGCAGCAUAUUUAACUAAUUUAUUGUAAAAACACAAUACACACUCAUACACA